AUGGUUCCUAAGCCUUCUCUCGAGCCUCGCGAGGCAUAUCUACCGAAACCCGUUCCUAUAGGAGGAGAUAUUAUGUCGGUUAUGGUCUCCCUCGCUGCUUGUUCAAUAUUGGCUGUCUUUCUUUUCCAGAGAAUUACUGCCGUUAUAUCCUGGUCCAGGUUACCAUUUGUUGCUUGGCUCGUCCUGAUCAUCUACGUCGACUCUUAUGGUUUUAUUUUCACCUCUGCAAUGCUCCAACAGGUCUUUGGUGUCAACAGCAGCUUUAACAUUUGCCAUGGCGCCAUUUUGCUUUGCCUGAUAUGCUAUGUCACAACCAAGAUUCUUAUAUACGUCUUUCUUGUCGAGAAAGCUCAUGUUAUUCGAAGCUCUACUACACGAAGAAGAAACUCGAAACUUUACUUGUUCAAUAUGAUCACACUUCUUGGUGGUUAUGGAGUGGUUGUCGUCCUCAACUUUAUCUAUCGCAUUGCCAGAAUUGUAAAUGGAGAGUGCUUCAUCGGCAUGAAGAGCAUCUCUAUGAUUCCUCUUAUCGCUUUCGAUGCCGUCGUCAAUAUCUACCUGACCAUUCUUUUUCUUAUCCCUCUUAAAAAUCUCUAUUCAUUCAAGAAUCUUCCAAAGACCCAUGCGAACUCCCGUCUCCGCAGUGUGGCCUUCCGUACUUUCGUCGGCGCUUGCUGUACUUUGACAAGCAGCAUAGUAAACUUAACUGUAUUGAUGGUUCUUGAUGGCGAGCCGGGUUGGGUGUGUCUAAUGUGUUGCAACAGUGACGUUCUCUUUUCGGCCAUUGUCGUUCAAUGGGUCACUUCUCGCGAUAGUGCUGGUUCUUCCAGUCAACCAGCUUCAGCUGCUGUUACGGAUGGCAGCUACAUUGGUAGACGUGCCUCGUCGGCUCAUCCAAGAAGUCUGCAUGCUUCCAACAUUCCCAACGUUCCUCGCGACGUAGACGACGAGACUUCUCUUGUCGGACAUGCUACCGUCACCUCUUUGACAGAUGACUCUGGUUUCGAAAUGACCAAAGUUCAUUCAGGGGCUACAAGUGGUGUUAUCGUUACGACGACAAUUCACCGUCAGAGCAGGCCUACGACCGAACGAAAGGAGAGCAGCGAUGAUGACGACAAUAUUGGGAUUGAAUCGGGCCGAGACUUUCCGGUGCGUUCAGUUGCUUUUGCUCCGGGUCACACAGAAGCCGCAGAGCCACCUCGAACACGAAUCCAAGGUGGCUCCAGGCCGCAUCAUCACUCCAAGACACCUUCGUUCUCACGUCCAUUGAAUAAGUAA